ACCGGAAGCCCCGCGUUCGUCCCGCCCUCCGCCGCCCCCCACCCCCGGCCGCUUCGCUACUGGCUCAAUCCCGGCAGGGAGGAUGACUGCGCGCGGGACCCCGAGCCGCUUCUUGGCCAGUGUCCUCCACAACGGGCUGGGACGCUACGUGCAGCAGCUGCAGCGCCUCAGCUUCACGCUCAGCCGCGACUCGCCCUCGUCCCGCGGCGCCAGGGAGUUCGUGGAGCGGGAGGUGACCGACUUCGCCCGACAGAACCCAGGGGUCGUGAUCUACGUGAACCCGCGGCCGUGCAAUGUGCCUAGAGUGGUGGCCGAAUACCUCAAUGGGUCCGUGCGUGAGGAGAGCCUAAACUGCAAGUCGGUGGAGGAGAUCACCACGCUGGUCCAGAAGUUGGCGAACCAGUCGGGUUUGGACAUAAUCCGCAUCCGCAAGCCCUUCCACACGGACAACCCUAGCAUCCAGGGUCAGUGGCACACCUUCACCAACAAACCCACAACCCUCGGCGGACUGCGCCCCCGGGAGCUUCAGGAUACGGCCCAAUCCCAGUGAAGUUACCCAGCACCAAUCCCUCUGGACUGUUGAGAACCAUCCCAAUAGAGGUGGCUGUAACUCCCGGAUUCCGAACUCAGAAAGAUAAAUGGAACCCACCAGUGCGCUUGGUGCAAAGGUCUUACUUGGGGUAAAGCACUACCUGUGUCUUUAUUAGUGACCUUGUGAGUCCUUGAAACCCAAUUGACCUUGUUGAUCUCCUUAAAACCCAAGAUGAGAAAGCCUUGAAGUUAUGUACAGCAUUCUUGUUCUUUGAGAUUGAAAUUGAUAAUAGGGAUUUCAGAACACAGAAGUCUCUAAGCUGGCUUCUGAAGACUGCCCUGUUAUAAUGUCCUGUUGCUACAAACAUUGACCUAGAGUGAACUCUGCUAUGUAUGGCCCAGCAUUUGGGCUAGGCAUCUUUUAGCUUGUGAAUAAAUUAGAAAACUAAGGUCACUAAACUUAUCCAAAGACAAGCUUCA